CACCUGACACACACACACACCACUUAUUCUGCACAGUGGGGUCCUUUAGCAAGGCAUGCAAACCAUAGUUGGCUGUGCACCCUGCUGGAAGCAUUCAUUGUCGAAACCGAAGCUGGAGGCAUGGUGAAUCCGUAUGGAGCUUUUCAGUCUCAAACAGCUGUGAUGAAACAACAACAGAGCCCCAUUCAAUGAAGGGAAGAGAAGUGCGAGGAGGGGCGAUUUGCGCUUGGAGCUUGGAGCUUGGAGUUUGGCGAAAGGAGGAAUGAUUUGCUGACAUAAUUGUAAUCUAAAUCCAACCUUAAUUUACUCAUUGUGACGCACUGAGAUUCCAAACUGACUUUAUGACCAAAAUUAUCCCAUUUACACUUUGUAGUCAAUUUUGACACUGUAAUAAAUGUUUCUGACUUAUAUCGAUGCCACAUGCCGUUUUUCAAAGGGAUUAGUUGUUGUUUUUUCUUAGGGGCCAGUCAUUCUUUAAUACUUUGUUUGUACUUCCUCAAUUUUUUAUCUCAUGUGGGCCCAAAGGUGAACUUGACUUGACACGUUUUUUUUUUUUGUCGGCAGGACACUUCUUUUACACAUGGUUUCCCAGCCUAUAAAUCACAGUGGGAUCAGUAUCCUCUAUCUCAUACGACGAUGAUGAUGAUGAUGAAUUCUGACAGGAUGACACAGUAGAGAUUUCCAAUGAGAGGAGAGGGACGAUCUUUCUCAGGACAGAGUGACUGGAUACAGGAGGUCAGGUGUUUCAGCAGUAAUUACAGGUAAGAGGGGACAAUGCCUUUAAAAAGCUAUAAGAAGAAAAAAAAAAUUGAACAUUUAUGACAGCUACGUGUAACGGACAACUGCAAUUUCCCUGUCUAUUUUUACAGGUGCUUUUCUCCACAACGACAUAACAAAUGACGGUCUCCUAUACCCUAGAAGUGGCCGAUGCUAAAUUCGGAGGGUUUUCCAAGCUCCUCUUCAGGUGGAGAGGAAGCAUCUACAAGCUGCUGUAUAAAGAGUUCCUGGUGUUCUGUCUACUGUACAGCUUCUUCAGUGUUUUCUACAGGUUCUUCCUCACUGAGAAACAACAGUUGUUGUUUGAAAAUGUAGCCCUUUACUGUGACCAGUUUACCAACUUUAUCCCAAUGUCCUUUGUGCUGGGUUUCUAUGUAACCCUGGCAUUCAACCGUUGGUGGGGUCAGUACACCAGCUUCCCCCUGCCUGAUAACCUGAUGAUGGUGGUGUCAGGGAACGUCCACGGGCUCGACGAGAGGGGCCGGCUGCUCCGACGCACACUCAUGAGAUAUGCUAACCUCUCCUCUGUCCUCAUCCUGCGAUCCAUCAGCACUAGAGUACGCAGACGGUUCCCAACCCUGGAGCAGGUGGUGGAUGCAGGAUUUAUGACAUCACUGGAGCAUCAACAGCUGGAUGGUCUGUACUCUGACUUCAACAAGUACUGGAUGCCUCUGACGUGGUUUACUAACCUGGCAUCGCGGGCCAGACAGGAGGGCCGGGUCAGAGACGAUGUCGCCCUACGACUGCUCAUGGAUGAGCUGAAUAACUACAGAGGCAAGUGCAGCCUGCUGUUUCACUAUGACUGGAUCAGCAUUCCUCUGGUCUACACUCAGGUCGUGACCCUGGCAGUGUACUCGUUCUUUGGCUUCUGUCUGAUUGGUCGACAGUUCCUGAACCCUGAGAAGGGGUAUAAAGGUCACCAGCUGGACUUGUAUGUCCCCGUCUUCACCCUUCUUCAGUUCUUCUUCUAUGCAGGCUGGCUCAAGGUGGGGGAACUGAUCAUCAAUCCCUUCGGCGAGGACGAUGAUGACUUUGAAACCAACCAACUAAUUGACCGAAAUAUUCAGGUGUCCAUGCUGGCUGUGGAUGACAUGCACCAGAACCUUCCCCCAACAGAGAAGGACAAGUUCUGGGUGGAGAGAUACUUCUCUGUCCCCAACUCUACUGCUGCUGAGACCCUCAGACCUACCUUCAUGGGCUCAACAUAUGACAUAAGCUUUGAAUCAGGUCAGGCCGUCUCCAUGCCCUUCGUCUAUAAGGAUGAGUGUGGUGAUGUGGACAGGAAGGUGAAGGAUGUGUCUUUAGUGAGAGACAGACAGCUGAAGGUGUCUCAUCUGCAGACAGAACGAGGGGAGGGGCAGUUCAAGGUGGCUGUGGAACUCAUCCAAGCCAAUGACAAUGAGCAGAGCUCUUGUUGAAAGAUCUGGGCAACUUGUUUAUGGGUUUUGUUUAUUUUGGGGGGAUAAUUCAUGCAUUUUCCAUGCACCUGUGUGUCAAAGAUUGUGUGAAAUAUCUUCUACAAUCAUGUUUAGAUUGUUUGUAAUCCUGGUUAUUAAAAAAACUAUUUUGAAAAACAUUCAUUAUUCUUUUUAUAAAGAAUAUAAAAAACAUUCAAUAAAACAGCUGUGACAGUGACUUUGAAGCCUGAUUUCGUCGAUAUAACAUUGUAGAUUGAUUUAAAUAAAUAAAUUAAGAGUUUAUCUACAGAAAUGAAUAUACUGUAGGUAGUGAACGAAUCUGCCAAGACUGACAUACAUUUGUAAGGAAUGGAAGUGUGAUUGUUUUUCAUGUUUAAUUUUUUUGUAUUCUCUUGUAUUGUUUAUUUUCUGGUGUAUUUCCUACGCAAUUUGUUGUGUAAUUGUAAAAAUGCAAGGCUUUCUUGGUCUCAAUGGGACACCCUGUUUAAAAUAAAGGUAAAAUAAAAAAGUACACAUUUUUUCGAUAGCUAUUGACUGUCAUGGAAUGUAAACAUGUUAGCUAGCUAGCUAGGCUACUAGCCUACGGAAGCCGACACGGUAACGUAACUUGUCGAAUUGAAAGCUAGCUGAAGUUAUAGGCGGUUCGCCCUUUAGAUCCGAUUUUAAGCGCUACCAGUGAGAGCUACGGAAAGUGUCUGCUAGCUGUCAGUUAGCUAAAGUGGUGGCACCGGUUCGUUUGAAAACGGACGGUGGAUAAAACAAAAAAAAAGAAAAAAAGAAGAAGCUUUGUGUUUUGUUUAAGGUUCAAAUAUAGAAGCUUAUACACGACAAUCCUGGAAAACCAAACGGAAGAAAAAAAACGGAAAUGUCAGGUGAUGUCCACCAUUGAAAUGUGUGUUGACUGUGACGCAUAGUUAGCUAGUUAACUAGCCCUUCCUGGCUUAGCUUGAGUUGUUACCCUAGCAGUUAAACAACAAAAAACACACA